AUGGCCGAAAUCGAGAAAACAGACUCGAAUGGCAAAACUUCAAGCAGAUUGAAGAAGUUGGCUUCUUCGUCCACCUGGACCUCACCCUUUAGAGGCUCCAAUGGACGCAAGAACAUGAUUAAAGAAUUUCAAGACAGCAACUCUGUAUCGCAAUUGACAGUACCUAAAAAGUAUUCGCAGCACCAAGUUUUGGAGGAGGAGAAGGCGAAGAAAGCAGCAGCCGAGAAAGCAGCAGCACAAAAGUCUGAAGCUUCCGAAAAGGAGUCUGAGUCAGGUGAAAAGGUGGAAUCUAAUGAAGAUGUCGAUGCCGAAGGUGAUGAGACCGCCGUAGCAGUUGCGGACGUUGCAGAAGGCGAUCACGCAGACGAGACCUCUGUUGCUGACACCGAGAGACCAUUGACUGAAAGCGAGAAGGAGGCAUUAGAGAAGACUGAAGACAAGGCUGAAGUUAAGACUGACGACACUGAGGCUGCCAACGGGACCAAGGAUGCUGAAGCAGCCGAGGAUCAUGACGAAAAGAAGGCGAAUGUGGAAGGUGAGGAGCCCGCGGACGACGACAACAUCGAACAGUUGGUCAAGGAGACACCCAUUGAGAUUGUCACGCAGCCAGGUGCCAAGUACGAGCCCGUCGAGAUGCCCAACCAGGCAGUUUUGGAUAGUUUGCUGGCCAAGCCCAACUUGUUGAACAGGUACCAAGAGUUGAACGAGACUGCCAUUGGGUCUGUUUCCAGAAGCUUGGACGACCCGCAGAAAGUCAUCGACUUGGGAAGUGGUUUGAAGUUGACCCAACAACAAUUGUUGGACAUUGCAGCCAAGAGGGUUGCCCCUGUGAUUGCCAACAUCAAUGAGGAAGUUGAGAAAUCCAGACAAGAGGACGCAAUCUUGUUUAAGAGAGAAGUUGACAGCAAGGUUGCUCUGCACCAGGCUAAACUCGACAAGGACUUGGAGAAGCACAAGGGUAAACUUUCCAAACUCAAGGCCAAGUUUGACCUGGAUAUUGCAUCCAAGCUUGCCAGUAUUGGCAACAGUCUGGCUGCUGCCACCAAUGCUGCCGUGCAGUUUGAGGAAAACACCAAGAAGGAAAUCGAAACCGCUAAGACAGAGUAUGAGGACCGUGAGAAGAAGGCUGUGGAGCAGCAUGAGGUGGACAAGGAGACGUUGAUCAAGAACCACGACGAGUUAACCACCACCAAGAAACAGGCAUUGGAGGAUGCCAAAACGGGCCAGGAGACCACCACCGCUGCCAUCGAAGAAUUGCAGGACAAGAAAACUGACUUGGAUAACAAAAACUCCGAAUUAUCCACAGAAAUCGAUGAAUUGACCGAACAGUUGAAUGAGCGCACCAAGCAAUUGGACGAGUUGAAGGAGAAGUUGCUGGCCGAGAAAGAAAAGGUUGCCACUCACGAAUCCACCAAGGAAGAGUUGAAUACCGCUAUCAUCAAUACCAAAAAGGGUGUUGAAGAGAAGAAGUCAUCGCAUGCCAAGUUGGCUGCCGAGGUCGGUGUGUUGGGUGCUGCCGUUGCCGCAUACACUGCCAAAUUGACUUCAUUAAAGUCUGACAAGGAGAAGCGUUCGACCAGAUUGACUCAAGCCAAGGAGACAUACUCCUCGUGGCAGAAGGAAAAGAGUGACCUUGCCGAAAAGUUAGCUAGAGAGCACGAACAGAAGCGUUUGGAAGCUAUUGAAGCUGCUGAAACCGACAGAGUGAAGCGUGAGAUCGAGGAGGAGAAGCAGAAGUUAGAGGAUGAGAAGAAGCAGUACGAGGAGGAGAGAGCUCGUCUUGAGAAGGAAGCAGAGGAGAGAAGAGAGGAGGAGGAGAAAAAGCGCCAGGAAGAGGAGGAGAAGUUCCUUGCUGAGGAGCAGCAGAGAAAAGAGGAAUAUGAGAAGAAGGCUGAGGAGGAGCAGAAAAAGCGUGAAGAGGAACGCUUGAAGAGAGAAGAAGAAGAAGCUGCUGCUGAAGCCAAGCGCAAGGAAGAGGCUGAAGCUGCCGAGGCCAAACGCAAGGCUGAGGAGGAAGAAGCUGAAGCCAAGCGCAAAGCUGAAGAGGAGGAAAAAGAGAACGCUAGGCUUGAGGAAAUCAGACUUGCGAACGAUCCUGAACACCAGAGACUUUUGAGAAUCCAGAAGAGGGAUGCUGAAAGACAAAAGUUAUUGGAUGAGCAGACGGAAAAGGACCGUGUCUACAACGAGCGCAAGAAGAAGGAGGAGGACGAGUUCGAAGCUUUGCAAAAGGAGAUUGAGGAGUUGAAGUUGCAAAGAGAUGCUCGUGCCGAGGCCGAGAAAGCUGAGGCCGAGAGAUUGGCUCAGGCCAAGUUGGACGAGAUCGAGAAGUUGAAGGAGGAGCACGAUGCUAAGCUCGGCUUGUACAAGCAGAGAUUGGAGUUCGAGGCCUUACAAAAGGAGCGGUUGGAAGAGGAGGUUGUUAACUUGAGAAAGAUUAGAGAGUUGAGAGAAGAGAAGGCACGUUUGUCCACUCAGGUCCAUGGUGACUCUGACUUGCAGUCUAUUCAAAAGCUUAUUGAGGAGAGAGAGUUGGAGGUGACUCGCUUGACCAAGCAAAUCGAAUACGAUGAUAGUGAGUUGUACAAAGCCUUGAACAAAGAGUCUGCGAGGCCUAUGAACGCCCCCAUUGAAUCUAAGGCCGUGAGCAAGACUUCCAGAGCCGUUGAACCUUCAACCAAUAUUGAGGCUGAAAAGCCAGAGGAAACCUCGAAAUCGCAAUCCACUGGCUUGUUGGCUGGAGCUCUUGCUGGUGUCUCUCUUGGUGUUGCUGGCAUAGCUGCUGGUGCUAGUGCUAUUGGCUCAGGCGCCUCCAAGGGUGCAACCGCACUUUCUUCCACUGGUGCCACGACUGCCAAGGCUGUCACUCCUAGUACUCAUUCUAAGUCAGCUGUACCUUCUAAAGUGGAUACCCCUUCGAAGGUGAGCACUCCUUCCGAGGCAGCGGUAUCUUCCAAGGCCGAUGUCUCUUCGAAGGUUAGCACUCCUUCUAAGUCAGAGAAUUUCGCCAGCUCUGCCUCCAGAGAUCGUUCUGGUAGCUUGGGAAGAACAAAAAGUCUCUCUCGUAAGUUGAAGGGCAUUCUCGGUAGAAGCAAAGAGGAGAAAGAAGCAAAAGAGCAGUUCAAGCCUAAUACUGAUGCAAAGACUGAUGUGAAGACAGAAGCAAAGACUGACACCCCAGCAACAAAGGUUAAGUCCGUGGACAUUUCCAAGCAGCCUGAUGGUCAGAUCAAGACUCCUGUAGCUGCAGACGUUGCAUCAGAGUCUUCGAGCGAAUGGUAUUCCCAGUACGAGGAGGUGUCUGACGAUGAGUUUGAGGAGCACCAUGGAAACCCAAACUACAUUGAGGUUUCUGCAGAAGAGGCGGAAAAGUACUUGAAGAAAAACAGGUCCUUAGCAUAA